UUUGGAGCAGGAAGCGUCGCUUACGUCCCGAACGGCGAGUCCGUUCCCCCCCAAUCAUCGAUGAGUGUCAGAGCUCGCGCUGCCCCGGUGCGUGUGGGAAGGCUGUCGCUCCUCCUGUCACAGGAACUUUGAAUAUCAGUAUGUAGAGGCGGAAUAAGCAAAACAGACACGGAUCCAGCGGCUGUUAGCUGUGGACGCAGCUAGCCGCCGUAUCCCAUCAGUGGGCAGCCGUUGAAGAGAAAACGAGCUAACCGCGGCUAGGCUAGCUCCGGUGUUCACCUCCGAGACGAGGAAGAACCGCGACUGGUCCCUGGAGACAGAUUCGGUUACGGGGGUUUGGUUUGAGAAGAAAAGGGGGAUUUAAAGAAAACAAUGGAGCUAUUUCAAGCUAAGGACGAGUACAUUCUUCAGAGCGGGGACCAGGCUCUGUGGUGCAGCAGGAAGGACGGCAGCAUGGCACUCAGACCUGCGACAGACUUGUUGUUGGCGUGGAACCCGGUGUGCAUGGGCUUGGUGGAAGGCGUCAUUGGAAAGAUACAGCUUCACACUGACCUUCCGCUCGGCCUGGUUUUAAUCCGCCAGAAAGCACUCGUGGGCCAUUUGCCGGGCAACCACAAAGUUUACAAGAUCACCAAAAUAGCCGUUAUCCCUUUGUCUGACGAGGAGCCUCAGGAGCUUGAGCUGGAGCUUUGCAAGAAGCAUCACUUUGGAAUCGACAAGCCAGAGAAGCUGGCCCAGUCACCUGAUGAAUCAAAGUUCCUGAUGAAAACUCUAAGCCAGAUCAAAUCCAACGUGUCCGUCCCCAUCAAGAAAAAGUAUUCCCCUGCUUUCCAGGUUAAAGAAAACAAAGAGAAGGAGCGCCUGGAGAGGCGGCUGUUAGACGAACUCUACAAGAUAUUCAUGGACUCCGACUCCUUCUACUACAGCAUGACAUACGACCUGACAAACAGUGUGCAGAGGCAGGGAGACUCUGAUAAGUCUGCCUUACCUCUGUGGAAACAGGUGGAUGACCGUUUCUUCUGGAACAAACACAUGAUCCAAGAUCUGAUUGAUCUUCAGGUCCCAGAGGUUGACCUCUGGGUUAUUCCGAUUAUCCAAGGCUUUGUCCAGGUGGAGGAGCUGGUGGUGAACUACAACGAGACAUCAGACGAGGAGCGGAGCAGCCCGGAGAGUCCGCCAAAGGAGAUCAUCUGCGUCGAUGACAUUCAUCCUCGCUUCACCGUUGCUCUGAUCUCCAGACGAAGCCGCCACCGUGCAGGGAUGCGUUACAAACGUAGAGGAGUGGACACAGACGGCCAUGUAGCCAACUAUGUGGAGACGGAGCAGCUGAUCCACGUGCACAGUCACACUCUGUCCUUUGUGCAGACCCGAGGGUCUGUGCCGGUCUUCUGGAGCCAAGCAGGGUAUCGCUACAACCCCCGGCCACGCAUAGAGAAAGGGGAGAAGGAGACGAUGCCUUAUUUUGCGGCUCACUUUGAGAAACAGCUGGAGCUUUACACCAAGCAGGUCAUCAUCAACCUGGUGGAUCAGAACGGGCGUGAGAAAAUCAUCGGCGACACGUAUCUGAAGCAAGUCCUGCUGUACAACAACCCAAACCUCACUUACGUUUCCUUUGACUUCCACGAACACUGUCGUGGAAUGAGGUUCGAGAACGUACAGAUACUGACAGAUGCCAUUUCUGACAUCAUCACUGACAUGAAGUGGGCCUGGGUGGACCAAGCUGGAGUCAUCUGCAAACAGGAGGGGAUCUUCAGAGUCAACUGUAUGGACUGUCUGGACAGAACCAACGUGGUCCAAGCCGCCAUCGCCAGAGUGGUGAUGGAGCAGCAGCUGAAGAAGCUGGGUGUGAUGCCUCCAGAGCAGCCUCUGCCUGCCAAAUGCUACAGGAUUUAUCAGGUCAUGUGGGCCAACAACGGAGACACCAUCAGCAAACAGUACGCAGGAACAGCGGCGCUGAAGGGAGACUUCACGAGGACAGGGGAGAGGAAGCUGGCCGGCGUGAUGAAGGAUGGUGUGAACUCUGCCAACCGCUACUAUCUCAACCGCUUCAGAGACGCGUACAGACAAGCAGUCAUCGAUCUGAUGAUGGGUUUGCCCGUGACGGAGGACCUCUACUCCAUCUUCAGUAAGGAGAAGGAGCAUGAGGAAAAGGAAAAGGAGAGCCAGCGAGGAGCCCAGGAGCAGGUGGGCCUCCUGCUGCAGACAUACAUGCAGCUCCUGCUGCCGGACGAUGAGACGUUUCACGGAGGCUGGGCUCUCAUCAACUGUGACAUGAGUCUCAUUGAUGCCACCAACAAAGACGUGGAUGUGCUGCUGCUCCUCUCAGAUAAAGCCUACUAUAUUGCUUACUAUGAUGACGAGGCGGACAAAGUCAACCAAUACCAGCGCCUAGACUUGGAGGGUUUGGAAAAGAUUGAAAUCGGUCCGGAGCCCACUCUGUUCGGGAAGCCGAAGUUCUGCUGUAUGCGUCUGCACUAUAGGAGCCAGGAAACCAGCGGCUACUUCCACACGCUGAGAGCGGCGACGCGGAACCCAGAGGACGACGGAAAGGAUACGCUGCAGUGCAUAGCUGAGAUGCUCCGCAUAACCAAACAGGCCUCAGGGAUGGAGCUGCUCGUGGUUGAGAAGAAGCUUGAGAGGCGGCAGAGCAAACCUCAUGAGGACAUCAUGGGGAUCCAGAACAAACCUGCUGGUCAGGUUCCUGGGAGCUCGGGCCUCGCACAGGGAAAGACUUUCCUCCUCAACAAGUUUUCCUCCCUGAACCAGAAGGUGAAGCAAACCAAGACAAAUGUAAACAUCGGCCCCUUUAAGCCCCUCGGGAAGCUGGGGAACUUCUCCAAACCAGAGGUGACGGUGAACUUCCUCAAACCCACCAUGCAUGUCAACCUGUGGAAGUCGGACAGCAGCCUGGAGACGUCGGAUAACAACCCCGGCGUGGGAGCCCUCAAAGCCAUGGCCGGAAAGCGCUUCGAAAACGACUCCGAUUCGGACUCGUACAACUCUGACCCUGAGCAUCCCUGCUCCGGGUCCUUUGAGAAAGUGGACUAUGUUCUGCCCAGCUGUGGCAUUGUAGCAUCAAACUCCAGACUCGGCAGCCGCUCCCAGUCCAUCGGCAGCGGGGAGCUCAACGUUCCCUCCAUGAUUCACGUCACCGGCUGCGUGGAAAAGCAAGGAGGCCUGUCUGAAAUCAACGACAAGUCACCUGGCGCCGCCUCAUUGGCGGAAGAAGCCCUUCUGAUAGACUUCGGCACACCCAUCGACGCCUACUGCCACCAGUUCGUCCAGGAUGCACAGACCAAGCCAGUGGAGGUGUUUGGAGAGCUGCCAGCGGGCGGUAUCCCACCAGCCAACCCCGCGGUGCAGAAAUCUGCAGACUCUGAGCAGCAGCAGCCGGGCUCUGAGACACAGAACCAGCACCAGGGGGCUCAACUGCCGAGGCCGUCCAAGCUAGACGUCCAAACCACUACCUCCAGUUCCAACCUCCUCUCCGUCCAGAGGCCCAGCUCUGCCGCCUCCGGAGGCUCCCAGAAGAGUCUGAGCUCCCUAAUGGAGGGCAGCCUCGGACCGUCGCCCGCCGACAGCAACGGCAGCCGCGUGGUUUCCCCUUUUGCCAAGAUCAAGAGCUCAAUGGUCCAGGUGGCCAGCUUCACCCAGGCAGGGUUCACCCAGGGCAUCAACUACGCGGUGGCGAAGGUCCAGAAGAGCCCGGAGCCAGACUCUGUGAACGAGGCGCAGGAGAGCGAGCUGAAGGCAAUGUUUACACAGUGCCAGACCAGGAUCAUUCAGAUCUAGAGCUUCUCCUUGUAGCAGGAUUUUGUAGAAACUCCCGUGUGGUAGCAUCAGCAGAAGCUUGCACAGUGUGUCAUAAUUAGGCCAACAUAGGCGGUCCUACAUCCACCCUCAAACGAGAGAAAAACACGCCCUCCUCCCAUCGUGACAGCGACCAUGUUUACAUGCACAGUAGUAUGGAUUUCCUUUUUUUUUUUUUGUUCGAGCACUGAUUUGUUUGUCCUUUUCUGUUGCCAUGCAACCUUGCACACUGAAUAAUAUUAAUAUAUGUUCUUGCUCAUGUCCUGUAACAGUCAACUGUGCCUCGCAGUGGAAGUUGCAAUAAUUGCGGCAUAACGUUUCUUCCCUUAACAUAAUAUUUCAGCCUAGCACUCGGCUUUAAAUGAAAGAGGCUAAAAAUUUCUUCUAGAGAGAAUUAGACCGACAUCCCGACAAAACCCUAAUGCACCUGAAGAUACGCAUCUUUCAACAAAUGUAUAAGAGAAUCUUAUUUAUCUCAAAGAAAAGCUGCUAUUCUAUGAGAAACUAAACUUUUAAUUCUGGUUAAAAUACUGUAACUUAAACAGUAAUUAAACCUGUUUACACAUUAAGAUAAAACCCAAAUGUAGAUGUAGUUAUCAAGUGCUUAUUAUGCAGAUUAUUAUCCUUUUAUUGAUGUUUUGAUCCUUAGAGUAAAACUUUAACAGGCUUAUCUGCCUGGAGCUUCAUAACUAGUUCUAAAACAGAGCGCUCUAUUCGUUUCCUCACAGCUGACCGGCAGUGUGCAGCAGGCAGUGCUGCUGCUCUUCACGUUUAAACUGACCAUCUUUAUACGCUGCAAAAUCUGGCUGAAUAUUUCAUGCAUCCAAACGACACUUGUUUUAGUUUUUUCAUUUACUUCUUCUCGUUGACAAAAGAUGAAAAUCUUAGUAACUAGAAUGCCAGAAGAAAAUGGGGGUUGAAUAGAAUCUGUAUUCUCCCAAUAUUACACUGUUUUAUCAUGUAUUUUUCUACAAUAAUGCAGCCCAAAAAUCAAUACCGAUUUCUUAUUUUAAGAAACAAAAACAAAAUGUGGUGUAAUGUAUUUGGCACGCCAGCAGGGGGUGAUAAUGUGACAUUAUCAACACCAAAAAAUCAAAAUACUCUGAGCAUGACUUGGAGGCGCUGUAUAAAAUAUUCUAAUAUUUCUCACAGUUGUUGUAUUAUGUUUAAUGGACCCAAAGCUAAACUGAUCUUUUUAAGGAGGACCUCUGUUGUCCAGUCCAGAUAGAUGACCCCC